CCAGUGUUGCUGGCCUGAGAUGGGAGCGCACACAGCGGCGGCACCAUCACGGCCCAAGAAACGGGAUAAACCUGGAAAAGAACAGGGGAAAAAUAAUCAACAAUACCACAUAUGUACCGUGGAGAACAAUGGGAUAACGACGCAGUGAUUCCACUCACACCGGAUCUCACCGCUCAGCCGCGCGCUCUAAGAAACUCAGAUGUUGUCGUCGCUUGUGAUUUGCGCUUUUUCUCCUUUCUCCUUGAGCGCUGCUGGUACAAAGGCGCCUGGUGUGGAGCAGCAGCAGCACCUGGGAUUACGCUUACAUGAAUGGGGCAGAGUGAACGGACCUGCUAAACCCGGAAUAGUAGACGGAGACAGUGAGUAAACCCACGCAGGAUUAACACACUUUCUUCUUUCUCUCUGUGGGAGCCAGAUCCCCGUGUCACCCUGCGAGGACAGAUGCUGUCAUUGUGUCGAGGCUGAGAUUUAAAAGAAAAAAAAAUCUUCUCAAAGUGUCCUAUUCUGGAAUAAUGCAUGAGAGAGACUGCAGCUUUUUAUUCCUAUUCAUGCCCCGCACAUUCCCAGUUAUUCCAGUGGCUGAGCAGCCGGUUUCUCUUGUUCACACUGGGAUGUAUUGUUGCAUCUGCGCAGCCCACGACAAGUGUCAGCAAUUAGACUGCGUGUGUGUGAACGGAUUACCUAAAGGCCUGUUUUAAACACUGCUUUCUAACUGUAAGUGGCCAUUGUUGUCGAGAAGGAUUCAGUGGAGAACAGGACUGGGAAAUAAGGGGCCAAACCGUGCGCCCUUGGUGUGAUUCUCCAGCGUGUGCGCGCCGGGGUCGAUCACAGAGAUAGAUUAGGCACAAUAUGGUGGAACCGGUUGGAUUCAUCGAGGCGUGGAAAGCGCAGUUCCCCGAGUCCGAGCCCCCCAAAAUGGAGCUGCGAUCUGUUGGUGGCAUCGAGCAGGAGCUGGAGAAGUGCAAAGCGUCCAUCAGGCGCCUGGAGCAGGAGGUGAACAAGGAGCGUUUCCGUAUGAUCUACCUGCAGACCCUCCUGGCCAAGGAGAGGAAGAGCUAUGAUAAGCAGCGGUGGGGCUUCAGGAAGACGCCUCUGGGCGAAGGGAUGGACCCUGCGGCCACACAGGGCGCAGAGUGCCAGUCCCAGCAGCCGCACAUGCAGGAGACUGGUGGAGUUGGAGUAGGAGUGGUUGGUGGAGGGUAUGGAGGUGGUAGUAUGGAUAGAAGCCGCUAUCAGCCUCUUGGAGACGGAGCUGGCAGAUCUAAACCCAGGCCUCCACCAGCCAGGAAGUCUGCCUCCCACGGAGAUGGCCUGGAGUCAGCCUUUGAGGUCCCCCAGCAGGCUGAGUCAACAUCCUGCGACAACCUCGACGGCCUCUCCCCAUCCAAGCAGAGAGGUGGUAUCUCCGUGUCGCCCCGCAGGCUCAAUGUGCCACCCACAGAGAAGGACCUGCCCUCUGACCCCAAAGACAAGAUGGGGAUGGGGCUUGGCGUGGCAGCUCUCAGGUCCAACUUCGAGAGGAUCAAACGGGCCAACUCUCACUCGGCGGGGGAUGUAGCAAAGGGCCAGGAGAAGCAGCUGCCGCCACCGCCGCCGCCAUUCUACUCUAACAUGGAAUUCCACCAUGAGAGGGGUCUGAUCAGGGUCAACGACCGGGAUGUGUCAGACAAGAUCAGCUCACUGGGCAGCCAGGCCAUGCAGAUGGAGCGGAAGAGGUCUCUUCACUCCCUCCCAGGUAACCUCGCCACAGUGGCGGGGGAGCUCCGCGCUAGGCCGGUGUACAGAGGCCGGUCUACUGAGAGCACCUGUGGCUAUGAUGCUGAAUAUGAAGAUGGGGAACCCAACCAGCGACACUCAGGGAGGGCCAACGGUGGCAAACCUCCACCACCUCCUUGGCAGCCGUCCGAGUUCCAGGCGUACUCCAGUGUCUACGUUGGCGGGGUGAUGAUGGGUGAAGGUGGUGGCGGAGAUGGGAGAGGUGGUGGUGGAAGUGGAAGUGGUAGUGGUAGUGGAGUCACAAUGAGAGACAUUGGAGGAGGCGAUGACCACCUCCUGACCUGGCCACGCCGUUCCUACUCCCCGGGGAGCUUCGAGGAUGUCGGUGGAGGUGGCGGCUACACGCCGGACUGCAGCUCCAACGAGAACCUGACGUCCAGCGAGGAGGACUUCUCGUCAGGUCAGUCCAGCCACGUCUCACCCAGUCCCACCACGGCCUUCCGCCGACCAUUUAGAGAGAAGAGCCGCUCGCCGUCCCAAAACUCCCAGAACUCGCAGCACUCGUUUGACAGCAGCAGCCCUCCGACACCGCAGUCCCAGAAGCGUCACCACCGGCAGCAGGGAGGCCACGUGGUCAUGUCUGAGGCCACUAUUGUGAGCGUUCGCAAGACCGGUCAAAUCUGGCCACCUGCUGCCCAUCAUGACCUCGUGCCCCACGGCAGAACGUCCCAUGACAACAGUUACCAUGGAGACCACCUAGAUGGUCAUUUCACCGGAACCCCUCCCACGUACGGUUACGAUGCAGACCGCGCAGAGGAGCAGCGGAGGCACCACGACAUCCUGCCGUACAUCGAUGACUCGCCGUCCUCUUCACCGCACCUCAGCUCCAAGAGCCGCAGCAGUCGGGACACCCUCUCCUCGGGAUCAUUAGAGUCCUCCAAGUCGACUGAAUGUGACCUGGAAAAAGGUUUGGAGAUGAGGAAGUGGGUCCUGUCUGGGAUCUUGGCCACUGAGGAAACAUACCUCAGUCACCUGGAGGCACUGCUGCUGCCUAUGAAGCCUCUGAAGGCCGCUGCCACGACCUCGCAGCCCGUGCUCACUGUGGCCCAGAUAGAAACCAUCUUCUUCAAAGUGCCUGAGCUCUAUGAGAUCCACAGGGAGUUCUACGACGGUCUUUUGCCACGUGUCCAGCAGUGGAGCCACCACCAGAGAGUCGGGGACCUCUUCCAGAAACUGGCCAGCCAGCUCGGAGUUUACCGAGCAUUUGUGGACAACUAUGAACUGGCUGUGGAGACGGCGGAGAAGUGCUGCCAGGCCAACACACAGUUUGCAGAAAUCUCUGAGAACCUGAAGGUAAGGAGCCCCAAGGACUCCAAGGACCAGACGGCCAAGAACUCUCUAGAAGCUUUGCUUUAUAAACCAGUGGACAGAGUGACUCGCAGCACAUUGGUACUUCAUGACUUGCUCAAACACACGCCCACCAGCCACCCGGACCACCCGCUUCUGCAGGACGCCUUGCGGAUCUCCCAGAACUUCCUGUCCAGCAUCAAUGAGGAGACGACGCCCCGACGGCAGUCUAUGACUGUCAAGAAGGGAGAGAGCCGUCAGCUUCUGAGGGACAGCUUCAUGGUGGAGUUGGUGGAGGGGGCCAGGAAGCUGCGGCACGUCUUCCUCUUCACUGAUCUGCUGCUCUGCGCCAAGCUGAAGAAACAGAUCGGAGGUAAAAACCAACAGUAUGACAGUAAGUGGUACAUCCCACUGACUGAGCUGACCUUCCAGGGCCCCGAAGAGACCGAGCCACUUACCAUCCCCCAGGUCCCCGAUGAGGAGCUCGACGCCAUGAAAGUCAAGAUCUCACACCUCCGCAGUGAGAUUCAGAGAGAGAAGAGAGCCAACAAGGGCUCAAAAGUCAUCGACCGUCUCAGGAAGAAGCUGUCUGAACAGGAGUCUCUGCUGCUGUUAAUGUCUCCGAGCAUGCCCAUCAGAGUCUACAACAAGAACGGCAAGAGUUACAGUUUCCUGAUUUCAUCCGACUAUGAACGUGCAGAGUGGAGGGAAAUAAUGAAGGAACAGCAGAAGAAAUGUUUGAAAACUUCCUCCUUGACUUCCAUGGAGCUGCAAAUGUUGACCAGCUCUUGUGUCAAACUGCAGACUGUCCAUCACAUUCCACUUAGCAUCAAUAAAGAAGAGGAUGAAUCCCCCGGUCUCCACGGGUUCCUGAAUGUAAUCGUCCACUCUGCCUCCGGCCUCAAACAGAGUCUGAAUCUCUACUGCACAUUGGAGGUGGAUUCCUUUGGCUUCUUUUCAAAUAAAGCCAAGACGAGAGUAUAUCGAUACACCACUGAACCCAAAUGGAACGAGGAGUUUGAGAUUGAGCUGGAGGGCUCUCAGACCCUGAGGCUGCUGUGCUACGAGAAGUGUUACAACAAGACCAAGCAGAACAAAGAGGAUGGAGAGAGCACAGACCGCAUCAUGGGGAAAGGACAGAUCCCGCUUGACCCACCAACUCUCCAAGGCAAAGACUGGCAGAGAACAGUUAUUCCCAUGAACGGGAUCGAAGUUAAACUUUCCAUGAAGUUCACCAGCCGAGAGUUUAGCCUGAAGAGGAUGCCCUCACGAAAACCCAUGGGUGUGUUCGGAGUCAAGAUCUCUACAGUGACCAAGCGAGAGCGCUCCAAGGUGCCCUACAUUGUCCGGCAGUGCCUAGAGGAGAUUGAGAGGAGGGGUAUGGAAGAGGUGGGCAUUUACCGGGUAUCAGGCGUGGCCACUGACAUUCAGGCCUUGAAGACUGCCUUUGACACCAAUCAUAAAGAUGUGUCAGUGAUGAUGAGUGAGAUGGACGUCAACGCCAUCGCCGGGACCUUGAAGCUGUACUUUAGAGAGCUGCCAGAACCACUUUUCACUGAUGAGCUCUACCCCAAUUUUGCAGGCGGCAUCACCCUGUCUGACAGUGUUGCCAAAGAGAGCUGUAUGUUGAACUUACUGCUGUCACUGCCAGAACCCAACCUGGUCACAUUCCUUUUCCUUUUGGAUCACCUGAAGAGGGUGGCAGAGAAGGAAAGUGUCAACAAGAUGUCUCUCCACAACCUGGCAACGGUGUUUGGGCCGACCUUGCUGAGGCCUUCCGAGAAGGACAGCAAGAUCCCCGCCAACCCCACCCAACCCAUCAGCAUGGGCGACAGCUGGUCCCUGGAAGUCAUGGCACAGGUCCAGGUGUUGCUGUAUUUCCUCCAGCUGGAGACGAUUCCCACCCCAGACAGUAAACGACAGAGCAUCCUCUUCUCCACUGAAGUAUAGAGCUAAAACUGACUCUGCCGAUGUGAGACUUUGACCAUGAAGGAGUGAAAAAGAGAUGGACGGUGGCUCAAAGUGAGCCUAUAGUAGUAUGUUAUCGAAUUGACUGACCAGAUUCCAUUAGGCUGGAAAGGAUUGUCUCUGGCGAUGCCUGCUCCCCUCAAACACAAGAGGGCGCCAUUGGACCUCUGGAGCUCUGGAGAAUGUGAGGUCCUUAUCAUUCAUAUCGCUCAUUACCUGAUAGUUAGUCUGAUUCUUUGUACUCACAGUGAUGGUGUGGGUACACCUGCCAUCUACAUUUCUCCACCAUGAUAUUUGUUGGUCUUUACAUUGAACCUUUGCAGCUUGUUGUGGCUCAUAAAUCAAGACGUUGUCAAAAUCAGUCCAUAAGAGAUCAGAAUGCGUCUUUCUUGAUUCUUGUAUUAGUUUGCCAACAGAUCAGAGUUUCCAUGUACCUUUGUGUUCGGGCAUUGCUCUCAAUCUGUCUUUAUUUUGGACAAUCAUCGGCUCACUGCAAAACAUGUUUAUCCAUCAAACGUUGCUUCAUGUCCUGCUGAGGAGAAUUCUAACCGUGUCUUACAUCAUCUCGGCGCAUCGUUUCUGGGAAGACAAGAGGAACAUUUGUGCUGUUUGUGGGAGUUCAGUAGUGAACACCAAGAGCUGCCACGGUACUUCUUUGUGUCAGGAAGCCAACACCUGUAUGUUAAAGUGUUUACAACGUAAACAAAGCCCGGUUGGAGUCAGAAACAAGUGCUACAGCUAGACGAGGGACUGUAAGAAGAAGAAAAAAAAAAAGGAACCCGAUGAUUAGUAACACACUGCAAUCUGACUGCCUGCGUUUUUUCAUAAAAGCAAAUUUCCUCUAUUUGUGUUGUUUGUGUCUCAAGGUAGUGUCAGCUCGAAAUAUCCAGGAAGCAAUAUAUUUUCUAACAUAGGAAUUGUCUGUGUUCAUAUCUUUGCUGACGAAAUGUCCUUCUUAUUGUAACAUAGGACAUCUUGCCAAAUUAAUAUGUUGUUUGUUUGUUUGUUUCUAGGAGAAAAAGGAAGCAGUUGUAUUUACAGAUACAGUAUGUACAUAAUCUUAAAGUUGUAUUUUUUUCUUUCUUUUUGUUUAACAGUAUAAUCAUUGUUGCGAUUAUUGUAAUUUAUUUUGGGGGGCCUGGGGGGAGAAAUCGGUUUGUUUUUCUAUGUGAACUUUUUUUUUUCUGUUUAAGAAAGUGGUAGGUCUUAGCCUUGACUUCAAGUCUUGCAGUAAAUAAGCAGGAUUUAGCCUUGUUCUUAUAGAAACUACUCAGCUGUUCUGUCCAGCCUAUCGAUUAUUCAUUUUAGAUAUUAUUAUGAAGGGUAACACACACAUUGUAGUUACAUACUGUAUGCUGCUGUGGAAAAGGCACAAGCUCUUUAACUGCUGGGUGUUCCUCCGGCAGAGCGUCUCACAUCCAGAGACCGUCGCCUGUCUAGUGUAGACAUUAUGCAAUGUCAUGAUAGAGCACACACUCACACACACACACACACACACACACGCACAUUCACACACACACACACACACACACACACACAAGUAUGACAUUGUGUCUUUUUGUACCAUUUAAUCUGUGGCCGCAGAAGUGCACUCAUGCAAUGUUAGAACUACUGUUUUACAAUUCAAGUGACCUGAGCGCUUACUAGAGCAUAUCUGUUGGUUUUAAUGAAGGAAUAUUAUUUUGUUUCAACUUUUCUUGACAUCUUUUUUUAUAUUUAUCUAAAUGUCUGACUGAUUCUUUGUCCCUUAAAGUACUCUUCAUCCUGUUUAAGGGUUACUUUGGUAUUUUUCAAUCUGGACCCUAUUUUCCAAUGUUUUUGAGUCGAAGGGAACAACAAUUUUUGGAAACCACCCCAUCACGUCCCUACACUAACCCUUCCGUUUUAUAAAUCUACCGGGGUUUUUUUCCACAGUAAUUAGUAUCUAGUUUCUAAAAUGUUAAGGCAGGCGGUACUUGCUGUAGCUGUGGUUGAGGGUGAGAGGCUGUCAGCGAAUAGUUUGUUGGGCACAGAUAAACAGAGAUCCGUGUGGGUACAUGAGACCCUAAAAAAGAGGGGGGAUCAUGGGGAGUACCACCAGUUGGUCCAGGAGCUUCUCCUCAUUGGUGGCUGUUUCAGGCAUAUUUUAGACCUGCUGUCUAUCGUCGGGCUGUAUAGCUUUUGGUAUCCAGCAACCGCUACCAUCAGUUUCUUCUCCAUUGUUUACCAACUGCAAACCGCCUCUCAAAUAAUCCAAUUGGACAAUGGAAAAAAAGAUGAUGAAAAAGACAUGAUAUGGGUCGCUUUUCCGCUCUGAGUUUAAGUUUUUUCAAUUCGAGGAGUUCAGAAUGCUCUGGCAAAAACACCAGGUGCCUAGAGAGCAAAAACGCCAGGCGCAUCGCAACGCAAAAGCCAGCUGCAAAAAGCUUCAAUCUCAUUUAAAACAAUUACAAAAAGGCACUUUUUUAAAGCGCUUUCUGUGUAAUCAGGGUCUAUUUUACUUUUUGUUAAACCAGAAACAGCCCCAAAUCGCUAUCACCAAACCCACCAGACUCCAUUUAAAUAAACAGUAAUUUUGUCACCAUAAAACACACUUUAUCAAAGUCGUAGAAAAAAAAAGAAAGCUCACAAAGAUUUUUCUUGGUUCAUCUUCCCUUUGUUCAAACCAUCACCAACUCUGGUUUGGUAAAAAAUAAACUGUUAAUUUACUCAGUUAGGUGUAAAAAUAUGCCGUCUCUAUACACGCUAAAAUUACUGUUUAUUUAAAUGGAGUCUGGUGGGUUUGGCGAUCGCGAUUUUGGGGCUGUUUCUGGUUAAACAAAAGGGAUCUUACUCUUUAACCAAGAGAUCUGUCUCUGUAGGAUCCUUUCCAUAAUGUUGUCAUACACUUAGACUAACAAUAUGAGCCUAUCAGUGAAAAAAACAAGCUUAAAUCAAUGCUGCACAAAUGCCCUGAUUGUUUCCAUUGCAGCCUGUUUCACGGCUCUUGCUCAAUAUUGGACCAGUUUCAAAACUUGUUGUUCCCAUCAGUCACUGAGACACAAAAACAUGACAAAGUAGGAUCCAGGUUGAAAAAUACCAACGUUACCCUUUAAGCUUCAAGGUGUCCAACCCAAUGGCCAAUCUUAAAGGAAAUCUCCUAAGAUAUUUUGCUCAUACUAAAAUGACAAAUACUGAUUUCAAUCUCUGUGUCCUUGAUUUAACAUGCAGGCAUGUUUUAUUGACUUCUCUUUCUUCAUUUUGGUCUUGUUAUUGCUGUCUUGUUCGCAAAUGUGUCAUCAUAGACUUUGGGAUGUUGGUUGAGUAACUGGUUUACAUUAUUACAGUAUGUCCUUCUCUGGCAAUUCAAAGGACGGGUUCACAACUGAAAAGUGAACAUUUCCUUUAGGGUAAAUAUCAUGGUUGGUUUCCCGUUUAUAUCAUCGGCAUAAAACUAUAACCAACUGACCAGUUUAGUGGAUCUGAUAAGGGCUCGUGUGUGGUUGUGUCCAUGUUCAAGAUAAUGUAAAAGGGGCCUAAAUGUUAUUAAUAACACAUUUAAAUGUCUUAAGACUUUUUAAAAGAAGGAGUCUUUCCUUUGGAUACAUAUCAGCUCUCUAAAUGACAUUUACACUCAUAUGAUGAUAUAGAUUCAAACGCCAUUAUUGUAUCGACCCCAUAAAUAACUGAAAGUCUUCAUGCCUUCAGUCCCAGUUUUUAUGUACUUCCACUAAUUUUUGGCCGACUGUAGCAUGCACACAUUGUGUCAUCAUGUCUGUGUCAGGAUGUGAGACAGAGACAUCCAUCCAUCACCUUUAUAACAAGUCCCAAUUGCCUACACUACUCUACCCUAACGUGCCUCGACACUUUUUUCGUUUAGCGCCUGUGGUAUUCUGAAACGUUCAGUCUCCUGUUGCCUUUGCUGAGGACAGCCACACACCUUUCAUCUCUUAAAGACUAAGACAGGACCUUAACCUUAAGCAUGGUCUUAGCUCAUACUGUACACACCCGCUCUGCUUGCCACCUUAGUCUGACUGUGAUGCUGUAACUGAAGCUGUGUUAAAGUCAGUCGUAACGGGGCAAAGGACAGCGUUUCCUGCCCAUGUCCUUGUUUUGGCUCUUAAAGUUUUAGCUCCUUUAAUGCCUUUUAUUCUUAUUUAUUUAUGCUUUGUCCCUGUUUGGUAUAAGGAGGUCUACGGGAUCUAUUUAUUUAUGAUAUAAUAUCAUCUAAAGCUGAAUUAAUGUUAGAAAAAAUGGUCUUUAUAUGGUGUGCUCUCUUUUGUCCCAGAAUCAGAACCACUGUGUACAAACACCUUCGAACCCGCCCCCUGCUCCUGCAUCGUCAGCUCAUCUCUGUACUUAGAUGUGUUGUACAACAGACUGGCCACUGUGAUCGUUUAGCUAUCUGAUUUAGAUAACUGAAUAGCAGAUGCAGGUGUUCUUGUCAAUUUAAAAAAGGUAGAUUCAAACUUCCCUCACUUUUCCAUGGAGUUGUAUAAUAUGUAUUAUACUAGAGAGUUAUUUGGUUUCCGUUUUAUUUAUUGUGGCGUCCACUGACGUGCGAUCGUCGAAGGGUUGAGCCUCUAGUCUCUUUGAAAAGCCGAGCUGUCAGUGUGUGGUAGAGGAGAAAAAGAGUCUUAUAUUGCUCUAAAAAUCUGCAUUGUUUUUGGUCUGUUGAUUGUCAGUGUAACUGCAUGUACCCUCCAUAACCUCAGUCCCUCUGUACAUGAACAAGUAAAUAAAACAAAGGUUUAAUUUUCUGUGGAAGAUAUGGAACAUAUUGCUCUAUAUGAAAGUUACAGAUCUCCAUAUAUUGUACAUGACUCUGGUUAUUAUCACUACGUUUCCAUAAUGCUUUCAAACGACCCUCUGCUGCCACUUCUACGACAUCAAACUGACCUUAGACUACUCUGGAGAUAUGCUAGUUUUAUUUUACUCGACACGUAACGUAAAGCUGAGGAUGAGACUUGCUGACCAACCACAAACACUUUUCUCUUUUUACCUUCCUGACUUUCUUUGAACUCUUGUUCCUGUUCAAUAUUCAAUGUUCUGCUUGUAGAACUGUACAAAGGAAUACUGUAUUCUGAGGGCAAACAUGUUUGGAAGGCAUUUGCAGCCUAUGUUUGUACACAAAAAUGUUAAAUAAAAUCUCCUUGUAUCUACAUAGAAA